GCAUCAUAAAGGGAACAAUGACUACAACUCACUCUUACACCGGACACCAGAGGCUUCUUAAUGCAAGCCAUAGGGACCUUAGACGUGCACAAGCUAUAGCUCUCAACAUAGUUCCAACUUCAAUUGGUGCUGCAAAAGCAGUGGCCCUUGUUCUACCCACCCUCAAGGGAAAGCUCAAUGGCAUUGCUCUCCAUAUGCCCAUACCUAACGUCUUAGUUAUGGAACUUGUCGUUCAGGUGGAGAAAAAAACAUUUGUGGAGGAAGUGAAUGCUGUAAUCAGAGAGAGUGUUGAGAAAGGGUUGAACGAACACAAGGUAAAGGCUUUUGGCUUGAAUUCCACAUCGACAAAUUCAAAUGAAUGA